CAACACAUAGGCGGUUAUAGCUGGUCGCCCUCUGUCUCCCAGGAGCAAGAGUGGAAUCUUUUUUCGGAGUUUCCGCAAGUCUCUUUUUUCUAUUUGGUGGAGUGUGAGACCCUAUCCAGCCUUUUUUACUUUUUCGGAUCCUCGACCGUUCGUUACAUCUUCUCUCGUUCCCAUUUUCGUUACUCUGUUCCUCGGAUCUCUCUGCAUUUCUACCAGAGCGCAGGUUCUCCGCCUUCUUCGUACGUUCCUCGCGUGCUUGCCGUAGAUGUUCGACACCAGAAUGCGAGGUCGUCAUGUAGAGAAGCGUGUUCCUUCAAGGGAAUCCCUCUCUGCCUUGGAUAAAGCAGAAAAUGCAGCAUUUUUGUCGAAUGGGACUGGAAAAGACAUCGGAAAGCCUUCUUGGAAGAGAUCUUUUCCGCACGUGCUAAUCGCAUCACUGGCUUCGUUCCUAUAUGGCUACCAUCUUGGGAUUGUUAAUGGAACACUUGAAAGCAUAUCUGCGGAUCUUGGUUUCAGUGGGAAUACCAUGGCUGAAGGUCUCGUGGUGAGUACAUGCUUAGCCGGCGCCUUCACUGGAUCGCUUUUCAGUGGUUGGAUUGCAGAUGGUGUUGGACGGCGUAGAGCUUUCCAGCUGAGUGCUUUACCAAUGAUCAUCGGAGCUUCAAUGAGUGCUUCAACUGAGAGUCUUGAGGGCAUGCUCUUGGGAAGAUUUUUCGUAGGUAUCGGAAUGGGCAUAGGCCCUCCUGUUACGGCUCUCUAUAUUACUGAGGUGUCUCCAUCUUAUGUAAGAGGCACAUAUGGGAGUUCUACACAAAUUGCAACCUGUUUUGGACUCAUGGGUGCUCUAUUUGCUGGAAUUCCAGCAAAGGAAACUUUGGGCUGGUGGCGUAUAUGUUUCUGGAUAUCCAUAGUCCCAUCUGCCAUGCUUGCUGUUUUCAUACAAUUUUGUGCAGAAAGUCCUCAUUGGCUUUUCAAGAGAGGAAGAGGAGCUGAAGCUGAAGCCGAGUUUGAGAAGUUAUUGGGCGGAGCAUACCUCAAAUCUGCCAUGGCAGAAUUGUUGAAGUCAGACAGGGGAGAUGAGACAGGGUCAGCAAAACUUUCGGAAUUUCUUUAUGGGCGCAAUUUUAGAGUGGUUUUCAUUGGAUCUACACUUUUUGCUUUACAACAGUUGUCUGGGAUAAACGCUGUGUUCUAUUUCUCAUCAACCGUCUUCAAGAAAGCCGGUGUACCUUCAGAAUCUGCAAACAUAUGCGUGGGAGUUUGCAACCUCUUAGGAUCCACUAUAGCAGUGGUUUUGAUGGAUAAACUGGGAAGGAAAGUGCUUCUUAUUGGGAGCUUUUCAGGCAUGGCAUUGUCGAUGGGGCUUCAGGCCAUUGCGUAUAGCUCGUUGCCGUCAGGCUUUGGAACCUUGUUUCUUUCGGUGGGAGGGAUGCUGCUGUUUGUGUUUAUGUUUGCGACUGGAGCUGGCCCUGUACCAAGUAUUCUCCUCUCGGAAAUAUGCCCUGGUCGUAUCCGGGCAAAAGCAAUGGCUGUUUCCCUUUCUGUUCACUGGGUGAUAAACUUCUUCGUGGGGCUGCUGUUUCUGUGGAUGCUGGAGCAACUGGGGCCACUGCUUCUGAACACCAUAUUCGCCUUCUUCUGCGUGGUUGCGGUGGUUUUUGUCGGGAAGAACGUCAUGGAAACCAAAGGAAAGACUCUCCAAGAAAUAGAAAUCACUCUCCUCGACACGGAGUGAAGUGUGCGCCAGGGGUUGAUUCUUGUAGCCCUUUUUGGGGUUUAGGCAUUCAUUUAUCUCGCGCAGCCAUCUUUUCUGUGAACACAACACCAUGGCAUCUUAUCUCAACCAUUUCUAUUUAUUCUACUCAUCGCUUCUUCUUUUUUGGGUUCGGUGGGAUGCAGAGGUUACAGACAGGCCUACUUAUUCAUGAAUUCUGAAUGGAGACGAUUCCACCAUUUCA